CGCUUAUUCGCGAGUCCGCGGCGUCCUCUAGUGACUUCUCGCUGUCGCUGCUGUACGGUCUCCCUUCGCUGCCAUGUCCGAGACGGCCCCCGCCGCUCCCGCUGCCCCGGCCCCCGCGGAGAAAGCGCCGGCCAAGAAAAAGGGCAAGAGGGCUUCGGCCGCCGGGGGAGCGCGGCGCAAGGCCGCGGGUCCGCCCGUGUCGGAGCUGAUCACGAAAGCCGUGAGCGCCUCCAAGGAGCGCAAUGGCGUGUCCCUGGCAGCCCUGAAGAAGGCGCUGGCGGCGGCGGGCUACGACGUGGACAAGAACAACAGCCGCAUCAAGCUGGGGCUCAAGAGCCUGGUGAGCAAAGGGACCCUGGUGCAGACCAAGGGCACCGGCGCGUCGGGCUCGUUCAAGCUGAACAAGAAGGCCCCGACGGCCGACACGAAGACUAAGGCCAAGAAGCCGGCCUCGGCCAAGACCAAGAAGGCUGCCGGUGCCUCCAAGAAGCCCAAGAAGGCGACGGGAGCCGCGGGCGCCAAGAAGACGGUGAAGAAGAGCCCGAAGAAAGCCAAGAAGCCGGCAGCCGCCAAGAAAGCGGCCAAGAGCCCGAAGAAGGCCAAGGCGGCCAAGCCCAAGAAGGUGGCCAAGAGCCCGGCUAAGCCCAAGGCGGCCAAGGCCAAGAAGGUGGCCAAGCCCAAGACGGCGAAGCCCAAAGCCGCCAAAAGCAAGAAGGCGACAGCCAAGAAGUAGAGAGCUAGUCCUCGAAACUUGACCCACCCAAAGGCUCUUUUCAGAGCCACCCACUCGUCUCAGAAAAAGAGCUGAGCCUCCCGACCCCAUCCGUCUCUGGAGAAACCAUUGUGAUUUUUAAUGAAAUAAAUGCCCACCCAAAUGAGUAAAUAAAAACGCAAAAAAAAAAAAAUGAAAAAAAAAUAAAAAAAGCAGCUACAAAAAUCUCUUUAAUUCCAAGUAGCAUAUGUCCAUCCCAAUGUUCGCCCCCACCCCCAUUUAUAUGUUUGUUGUAUAUUGGGGGCGGCUUAUGUGACUGCCCCGGUCGUCUUCCCCGCCCCGCCUAGCUGACCAAGUCUGACAUGACCCAAGCAGAGGGAGGGUUCUU